AUGGGUGUUACCUUGAGUAACAGAUGUCAGUCUUGCGCAAGGCGUAAAAUUAAGUGUGACGAAAACUGGCCUGUGUGUGGUUAUUGCAAGCGCAAAGGUUUUGAAUGCUCCGGUCAACCAACCAAUCGCUUUGUUUAUAUUAGAGCGCCGAACUCAGUAAAGCCAUUCAUCUCCGAGGAAAGUUGUGUCAUGCCAGACCCAGUCCAUCAACCAAAGUCUGCCAUCUGUCCAUCACUUAGGAACGAGGCAGAUGUCUCUAUAGCCCAGUUGAUUGCCGUUAUUGAUGCUAGCAAAGAUAUGAAUCUUGAUGCUUUAUUGUCCAAGAGGUCAUUCACCCUUCUACCGCGAUAUAUGAUUGGCAAUCAGGUGUUAUGCAAUGCGGUGAGGUUUAUGGUGUCGUGUUAUACAAAUCAUCAACGUGGCAUAUUUCCACAGGAGUUGUUCGAUCGAAGAGCAUAUAGUCAAGCAUUAGGGUCGCUUGCUCAAGCAUUACAAAGUCCCAGCAAUGGAAUUACUACGCCGGUCCUAGCAGCUAUAUCCAUAAUUCACAGAGUUGUGACUACAUACGAACCAGAAGCAGAAACAAGCCAUAACAAACACCUAGAAGGAAUAAACGCAAUCAUGGCUGCCCGAGGGCCGCCAGAUCUAGACGAUGACCUGGAUGUUUCUUUGAUGUUCGAUAACUUUCGCUUACUGAACAUGCACUCUCUACUCUAUGGUCGGCCAAAUGUGUAUCACAUGUCCGACUGGCAAACCGUUAUGAGUAAAGCAUUGGACUGUCACAUGAUUGAAAGCAAAAGUGCAACAGAGAUCUUUCGUCUGUCAGCCAGGCUCUGUCGCUGGUGUAGAUUAGUCUCCAAGCUGAGGACAGCCCAGCAGACUAAAAACUCACGAAAAGCGCUUGCGCUUGCAGAGGAUAUUAGCAAUGAAACAACAUUGGAGAUGAACAGUGUACGAAUACUUGAUCAUCUGCAAGUUACAGAGAUGCGGGAUCGCGGGGUACCAGUUGAACAGGUUGAUCCGUUAUCCCCGUUUCUCACGUAUUACCAAUUCCCAAACCCAGAAGACGCACUAAGUUUUGUGUUGUACGCUACGGUACGAAUCGGUAUUUGCCGCAUUGCUAACCAGGCUAUGUCAAUUACUGCCAUUUGGGACCCCGUGGCUGAAUUGGAAAUAACCGGGUUAAGUCAUCGAAUAGCAAAAUGCAUCAGAUAUUUCCGUGAAUUCAAGCCCCUCGAAGGUGCUGGAAUAGUGGUACCACUGGUGUUGGCGUUCGAAGCCUGUAACGGACAAGAAAGAGAAUUUAUUAUAAAUGCGUUAUAUGAGUUUGAGGAUCAUAAAGAGCAGUUGCAAGAUCGAUGGAAUGCAGAAAGGAUAAUUAAUUGGGCAAAGACGAUAACUGGGAGAUAG